UAUAUGCUCGUGUCGAACGUACGUAAGAGCCAUUACGAGGCGGGAAAAAGGCAAAUCGGGCGGGAAUGUCACGGCACAUUGACGUGCGGGAGAGAUUGUACCGUCGUGAGUAAUCGCAAAUGGACGCACACACUUUUUUGCGGGAGGUGGUGAAUCGCCCGGCGUGAACUGUGAUCAUUGUCGGGCACGUCAAUUCCGUUACAUCGGGAAGAUCACGUCUCGUUAUACCUGCUGGUGAUCAUCGAUCAUCUGAUCGUCAAGCACACACGUACAUUCCAACGAGUGACUGUGCCACAUUCAAUGAUAUUCUGCUUUGGAUCGAUCAAUCUGCGUGUAAAUCCACACAGCGCAACGUUUCAUCGGUAAAAUCGUUCACCAGAACCAUGCCACCUAUCGUUUCAAGUGGAUCAAGCUGUAGCAAAAGGAUAACGCGCAGCAGGAAACUUGCUGAUGUGGAAGAACAUGCUGCAGCAUCAAAUGGAUCGACAAAAACUGACCAAAUUCCAUCUGUCUUGGACCUAUUUGCCAAACAUAUGUCGAAAAAGAAGAAACUGAACAUUGAUAAAGAUACAAUCAAUGAUACAAAAUCACCAGAUCCACAUGAAGAAAAAUACAACAAUGUGCCGGAUAUAGAUGUUAAGGUAGGAUGUGAUAAAGAAAAUUGUAAUCCGCAAAUGAAUCAAGAUCAAGAUCAAGUAGAGGAGCAGCUGGAGAAAAAAAUAAAAGUAGAGGACUGCAAGGAAAUGGUGCAAUCAAAACCUGAAAUUAACAAACCAGUGGACACUGUAAUCAUCAGUCGAUGCGAAUACUGCAAGCAAAAAAUAGAUUUAAACUUAAAGUUAUAUCAGGGACAUCCAAAUGGUGCGGUAGAAGAGCAAGUAGCUUUAACAAACUCUAAGUUCUGUUUAUUUACGGGAGAUGAAUCUUUUGUACAUGAAAGUGAUGAGAGACCACAAAAUAAAUUAACUUAUUUUAGUGUUUACGAUAAGAAUGGACAUCUGUGUGCUUUUGACACAGGACUCAUAGAAAAGAAUGUGAUGUUAUAUUUUUCUGGAUACAUGAAAGCCAUUUACGAUGAGAAUUCAUUCCCCGAUGGAGGUAUACCGACAAAAGAUAUGGGGCCAAUCAAUGAGUGGUAUGUUUCUGGAUUUGACGGCGGAGAAUUAGCAUUGAUAGGUUUUAACACUCCAUUCGCGGAAUAUAUUUUAAUGGAGCCAUCUGAAGCUUACGCGCCGUUUAUGACUGCCAUCAGAGAGAAGAUAUACAUGAGCAAAUUGGUUAUAGAAUUUUUGUUAGACGAAAUUAAUCCGAGCUAUGAAGACUUAUUGAAUAAGCUACAGACAUCAGUACCUCCUAAGGAUUUGAUCAAAUUUACCGAAGAUUCUCUAUUGCGUCACGCGCAGUUCAUCUGUGAUCAAGUGGUGUCGUUUGAUGAUUCCGCCGAGAUCGAUGAUACUCUCCUCAUCACCACUCCGUGUAUGCGAUCUCUCGCGAAAUACGGUGGUGUGAUGUUGGGCAAGAGAUCAGUCGUUCGUCGUGCGCCUCUUCGUACGCAGAAGGUUAAACAGCCUGCUUGGACGAAGGCUACUACGACGAAAUUAGUCAGCGAUAUGUUUGAGAAUUUUUUUACUGAUCAACUUGCUAAACAUGAUGAUGAUAAAAAAACAAUGGGUCCCAAAAGACAACGUUGCGGUAUUUGCGAGAACUGUCAGCAACCUGACUGCGGAGCUUGUGCAUCUUGCAAAGACAUGAUCAAAUUCGGUGGUAGUGGUAGAAGCAAGCAAGCAUGUGUCAGACGAAGGUGUCCAAACAUGGCAAUUCAGGAAGCAGACGACUCCGAUCUAGAGAAUGAAGAGGACGAUGCUCUAGAAAACGAUGAAAAUGUGGAAAAGAAGCCGAAGAAGGACUUCAAGGAACUCAAGAAGGAUAUAGUGUGGAUAGGGGAGGAUAAAAUAGUCGAGGCACAAAAGACAUAUUACAAAUCAGUUAUGGUUGGCAAUGAAAGAAUAGAAUUAAACGAUUACGUCUUAGUGGAACCAAGAAAUCCGGCGAUUCCUUUACACAUUGCUAAAGUCAUGUACAUGUGGGAGAAUAAGUAUGGAGUGAAGCAAUUUCACGCCAAUUGGUUUCGCAGAGGCACCGAUACCAUUCUCGGUGAAACCGCGGACCCAAUGGAGGUGUUUUUAAGCGAUGAUUGCGAGGACGUACCAUUUAAAUCAGUCAGCUCGAAGGCAACCGUAAUCCAUAAGAAAUUGCCUGAGAAUUGGUCCGAGUUAGGUAAUAUGGAUGUAAACGAUGCGAUAAAGGAUAUAGAUGGUAAGACAUUCUUUUACAAGAUGAGAUACACCUUUGAAACUGGCCGGUUUGAGGAUCCAUUGCCGGAUCCGGAAUGUUUGCGGAAAGAGAACAGUCAUCGAUUUUGUCCGGCUUGCGCCCAUCUGAGUACGUUGGAGCAAUACAACAGGCCGAGGGUCUGCGAGCGAUUAGAAGAGAAAAGCAGCAGGGAGGUAACCUAUGGCAUGGUGAAGUACAAAGGUGAAGAGUACAGAGUCGGCAGUGCGGUAUUUUUACAGCCGAGCGCUUUUAAAUUUAAAUACAUGUGGAAGCACCAAGAGGUUCAAUUGCCGAAGAAGCAGAAUGUGAAUGAGGACUUGUAUCCGGAAUUCUACAGGAAAUCUUCCGAUCACCUACGGAUCAAGGGUUCGAAUUUGUUCACGCCCGAACCUUUCCACAUCGGCUAUAUAAACGCGAUAUAUGCCACCACGAAUAACGUACUGGUCUCACCUUCGGACAUCUAUAUCAGGGUGAACAGAAUGUACAGGCCGGAGAAUACCCAUCGUGAUUCAACGUUAAUGGAGCAAGCGGACAUUAACAUGGUCUAUUGGAGCGAUGAAGUGUUCAACGUGAGAUUUACCGAAGUCGCUGGGAAAUGUUAUCUGAUGCAUUCUGAGAAUCUAAGCGAAUCCGUCGAAGAUUGGACCGUGCGCGGCCCGUACAGGUUUUACUUCACCGAGGCUUAUAAUGCCGAGGAGAAAACUUUCGAUGAGCCACCCUACAAUGUUGUUAAUAUGGGCAAAUCCGGUAAAGGGAAAGGGAAAGGUAAACAGAAAAAGAAGACAGAAGAGACGGAAAGUAAACCGGUUAUCGAUAAACCAGUAGAUUACCCUGCCAUAACGAGAAGACUGAGAACACUGGACAUUUUUGCUGGUUGUGGAGGGUUAUCCGCCGGAUUGCAUGAGGCUGGAGUAGCUCAGACCUUGUGGGCCAUCGAGAAAGACGAACCAGCGGCGUACGCAUAUCGUUUGAAUUAUCCCAACGCAACGGUAUUCUCGACGGACUGCAACAACUUAUUGCAAAGAGUGAUGCAGGGUGAACUUAUGGAUGAGAGUGGGCAAAGAUAUCCGCAGAAAGGGGAAGUCGAGCUCCUGUGCGGCGGGCCGCCGUGUCAAGGUUUCAGCGGCAUGAAUCGCUUUAAUUUCCGCCAAUAUUCAUUAUUCAAGAAUUCCCUUGUCGUUUCGUGCUUGUCCUAUCUCGACUAUUACAGACCGAAGUUCUUCGUGAUGGAGAAUGUACGAACUUUCGCAAGUUUCAAAAGGAGCAUGGUGUUGAAAUUGACCCUCUGUUGUCUCGUCCGAAUGGGUUAUCAGUGCACAUUCGGUGUCCUCCAAGCCGGCAAUUACGGCGUGCCACAAACGAGAAGAAGACUGAUAAUCCUAGCUGCCGCUCCCGGAGAGAAACUUCCAAAUUACCCGGAACCGACACACGUAUUUACUAAGAGAUGUUGUCGGCUGAGCGUAAUAGUGGAUAACAGAAAGUACUCAACAAACUGCUCCUGGGUGCAAUCCGCGCCGUAUAGAACGAUUAGCGUGAAGGAUGCUAUGUCCGAUUUGCCGACCAUCAAAAACGGCUGGAACCAAGAGGAGAUGCCUUACGGUAGUGAACCUCUGUCUCAUUUUCAGAGAAAGAUGAGAGGUACCAUGAAACAAUACCAGCCGAUGCUGAGGGACCACAUAUGCAAAGAAAUGGCACCGCUUGUAGAGGCGCGAAUAGCUCAUAUUCCGACCGCGAGCGGCUCCGAUUGGCGUGAUUUGCCGAAUAUUGUUUUGCAAUUGAGCGACCUCACCGUCACUAAGAAACUGGAAUACCUAUACGAUGAUAAGAGGGCUGGAAGAAGCUCGACUGGCGCGCUUCGUGGAGUGUGCAGUUGUAGCACCGGACGACCAUGUGAUUCCACUGACAAACAAUUCAACACUUUGAUACCGUGGUGCCUGCCACACACUGGAAACCGACACACUCACUGGUCAGGCUUAUACGGUAGACUGGAAUGGGACGGAUUUUUCAGUACAACCAUCACGAAUCCCGAACCGAUGGGCAAACAGGGCCGCGUGUUACACCCAGUGCAAACGCGAGUGGUGGGCGUCAGGGAAUGCGCGAGGUCGCAAGGAUUCCGGGACUCAUUUCGUUUCUACGGCACGAUUCUUGACAAGCAUCGACAAGUCGGCAACGCGGUGCCGCCGCCACUGGGAGCUGCUAUCGGGUAUGAGAUCAGAAAGUGCAUCUGUAACGAGACGCUGGUGCCGUUGCAGGUGAAACCUGAAGCAGCUGCGAUGGAAACUGAGACUCCCGUCGAAGAGGGAGAGGUUUGUGAAAAUUUGAGGGAGAGCGUACCUGACAACGAAGCGAGCACCAGCUCUGGCAAGCGCGAAACCGCGGCCUCUAGUAGUAGAUCUACGUAGAUGAGAAGGUGAUCGUGUUUAUUGGUGGAUACCGUGUAACGAGGUUUCCUGUGUUUGUACCUAUCUAUUAUAUUAUGCAUGAAAAUCAUAUAUAACGAUAGUACUCAGUAUUAUGUAAGUGGCUCAGACAUAAAUUUCAUAUGUAUCCGACGCAUCGAUGAAAAAUGUAAGAACUUGUUAAUUCCCGGUUAACUUUAACGACCGAAAGUUUUUCAUGUAAAAAAUGUUAAAAUUUAUAAAUGGUACGUUGUAACUCUAGACGACUAUAGGUUAUUUUUGUUGAAUGUUGUACAUUCAAACAAAUACAUGCGGGCCGAUGUGGUAGCUUGCAUAAAGGGA